UUGUUUGCAGUCUUCCUUUCCGUUAGGCCAGCUAGUCGCCUUCGUUUAACCGCUACACCUGCUAACGGUUUCUCGUAUUUACUCUCCCUCGAGUACUCACAAGAUGGAUGAUUUUGAUAUGCUGAACGCGCCAGCAGCUGGGAACGGCGUCGGCUUGGACGAGGAUCCCGCUGCCGCGUUCUUGGCCCAGCAGGAGAGCGAAAUUGCGGGGAUUGAAAACGACGAAGGCUUCAGCAUCCUCGACGGCGGGGAGGUCCCGUCGUCGCUUGGAGACGAUGGUGCCGUCAAUGGAGAUCUACAUGUGGAAAGCAACGGUCCAUCGGAUGCCUAUGCAGCCAUCUCCAGUGCAGACCGGCUGCAGGCUGAACCUGAGAGCCUACGCAAGUGGAGGGAGGAGCAAGGCGAGCGGUUAGAGUUGCUAGAUCAAAACUCUCUGAAGCAGGAGUCCGAAUGGAAGGACAAAGCCAAAGUAGAGCUGGAGGAGUGGCAUGCCAGGCAGGACGAGCAGCUGCAGAAAACCAAAACGAAUAACAGGGUGCUGGAUGAAGACUUCUACAAGCAGCCCUUCUCUGACCUCAUUGGUUAUGUCACACACAUUAACCAUCCUUGCUACCGCCUAGACCAGGCGGCUGAGGAGGCAAUGGUUUCCGACCUGGAUGAGAACAACCCGGGCACGGAGUGGGAGCGCGUAGCUCGACUCUGCGACUUCAACCCCAAGUCCAGCAAGCAGGCCAAAGACGUGUCCCGCAUGCGCUCCGUCCUCAUCUCCCUGAAGCAGUCCCCGUUGGUCCGCUAGGCGUGUAAGACUGCUCAGGGCAUCAUUUCAUAUAAUCGUUGUUACCCCACAAACACACGCGCACACAAGACCCAAUCUGUAUUCUGAAGGAAACUGGGCUUACACCCAGUCUGUGUCUCCCAUCCCACUCAUAUCUCCCAGUGGAAGGAUAUAGCCAGUGGUCCUAACCUCAUCCAUCGCCACCUGGCAGGGCAAUAGAGAUCAGCCUUUAAGCACCAGCUCACCUGUAAUUCCUAUUCCUCCUUUUGAAAUGCUGAGCGCCCACAGUGUGUCUGAGCCACACCAGGUCCAAUGCUCUCGUGUAACACUUUGUGUAAGGCUGGUGAGUAGGAACACUAAAACCUGCUUCACACCACACAAUAUCAUUCCCAUGAUGCUCUUGUUGGCCUUGUGUACCCUUUUCUGACCCACGAGGGUUGAUUGAUGUUUAAUGGUUUUGCGUUUUUUGUUUCCCAUCCUUGCAAAAACAUGUGACGUGCAACAAUGUCAGAAUUUUUGUUCUUUAUUUUAAGGACCAAAGUCAAUAACACUCAUUAGGUGUGUGUACUUUGAAUUGUGUGUGUAGAGCUUGCUUGUUGCAAAUUGUGCUCCAAUCUAUGCAUUUCCUUUGAAAAGCGUCUCCAGUCAGUCCAGUCAUUACAAUAAAUAUGACCAGUUUUCUGUGCGUUUAAA